GGCGCGGAAAAAGGGGGCGAAGCGGCGCGGGGGCAGCGAGCCGGCAGCUGGGGAGCGGGGUCGGCGGCGCCCGGAUGCGCGGGGGCCGGCGCGGAGGUGCCCCGGAGCGAUCUUUGUUGCAAUCACUUUCAGCCACCAGGACUGGACAGGAUUCCACUUGGAACCCAUGAACUUCACUGACAGUGGCAAAAGAAAGCAAGCAGAUAAUUGUUCCAGGAUCUCCCAAUCCUUUGUCACCUUUGCAAGUGGGAGGCGUUCUGGGCAGUAUGUGACAGGAGUCUGUCAUACACAUCCAUGUUGGAAAAGACACUGGCUGAAUCAAACCAGAGUCUCACAAUGACAGAGGAAGCAUGCAGGACACGAAGUCAGAAACGAGCAUUAGAACGUGAGAUAACGCAUAACGAUGUGGACAGUAAAAAAAUAAAAAUGGAGAAAGGACUAUUAGGAACAGAUAUAAAUACAGAAGGUGACAUGAAAAUAAAAACAGAUCCUGGAGCUGGAAAAGUGCAAGGAUUAUUAAAAGGUGGAGAAGUGAAAGCAACCAUUAAAGUGGAGGUUCAAACAGGCGAUGAACCUGUGGACAUGAGUACCUCAAAAAGUGAAAUAAAGAGAGAAAAGAGAGUACCCUCCCCGGAUGUUAUAGUGUUAUCAGACAAUGAACCUUCCAGCCCUAGAAUGAAUGGUUUAACAAAAAUAGCAUUAAAAGAGACCAACACAGAGGCACUCAUGAAAAGCAGUCCAGAGGAGCGCGAGAGAAUGAUUAAACAACUAAAAGAAGAGUUACGGUUAGAAGAAGCAAAGCUUGUUUUAUUGAAAAAGUUACGGCAAAGUCAAAUCCAGAAGGAGACCACUACUCAGAAGCCUGCUGGUUCCUCUGGGAGUGCUGUGGCCACCCCUCCGCCCUUGGUGCGGGGAACGCAGAGUGUUCCUGCGGGCAAGCCGUCCCUCCAGACCUCUUCUACACGUAUACCAGGCACUGUUAUUCCUCCUCCAUUGGUCCGUGGUGGGCAGCAGACUUCUUCAAAGUUAGGAACUCAGCAAAACACACAGAUAGUAAUGCCACCUCUUGUCAGAGGUGCACAGCCCAUUUCUGUGUCUUCCCAGCAAAUCCACAACAUCCGACAGCACUCCAGCACAGGGCCGCCUCCGCUGCUGCUGGCACCACGGGCAUCCGUCCCCAGUGUGCAAAUUCAGGGGCAGAGAAUUAUACAACAGGGUCUGAUCCGUGUCGCCAAUGUCCCCAAUACCAGCCUGCUUGUCAAUAUUCCACAGGCUUCACCAACUUCAAUAAAAGGUACAACUGUGACGUCUGCUCAGGCUAAUGCUACUACGACCAGCGCUGCUUCCAUCGUGAACUCCAACGACUCGCCAGCCAGCCGACAAGCUGCCGCCAAGCUUGCCUUGCGGAAGCAGCUGGAGAAAACGCUGCUAGAGAUCCCUCCUCCGAAACCACCUGCACCAGAGAUGAACUUCCUGCCAAGUGCAGCCAAUAAUGAAUUUAUUUACUUAGUUGGAUUGGAAGAAGUUGUACAGAAUUUGCUGGAAACUCAAGGUAAAAUUUCAGUUGCUGCAUCAUCUCGCGAGCCCUAUAUGUGUGCACAGUGUAAGACUGACUUCACCUGCCGUUGGAGGGAGGAGAAGAAUGGAACCAUUAUGUGUGAAACCUGUAUGACAUCAAAUCAGAAAAAGGCCUUGAAAGCUGAGCACACUAACCGACUGAAGGCUGCCUUUGUAAAAGCACUGCAGCAAGAACAGGAGAUUGAGCAAAGGAUACUGCAACAGACUGCGUCUCCUGUACAGAGCAAGUCAGAGCCUAUAGUGCAGCACCACUCUCUCAAGCAGACUGCGAGCCAGAUGUCUCGAGGUCCUCCUGGAGCUCCACGAGGAGUGUUGCAUGCAUUUAGCCAGUCACCCAAGUUGCAGAAUGCAUCGUCUGCAGCAGCACUUGGGAGUAGGCCAGGUAAGCAUGCCGAGAGACCUGUCAGCAAGGGCAGCGCUGCCACCUGGAAGAAGACUCCCAUCAACACAGGUGGGGCUUUACCUUUUGUUAAUCCUAGUUUAGCUGUGCACAAGUCGUCUUCAGCAGUAGACCGCCAGCGUGAAUAUCUCCUGGAUAUGAUUCCCCCACGGUCCAUCCCACAGUCUGCCACGUGGAAAUAAUGCAGAGGAAUGACCAAGAGGAAGACUUAACCUGUUUCUGCCAUCCUUUUUAUACCACAUUACAGUGGAAUCUGCUUUAAUCCCAGCUGGAUAUGCCCUAGGCUUCAUAGGAUGCAAGAAGACCACUCCUCAUCCCAUCGAGUGCUGCUGUCCCUGCUAUGAGAAAAUGACACCACGUGGGUGGGAAAGACUUCAGCUCAUUUGGUUAUCAGAUUCUUAUGACUGACUGAUGAUGAAGGCUGUCAGGGAAGGGGAAGAAUUCCCUUUUUUUUUUUUUUUGGCUUUAUGUAUUUAGUUUGGAUUUUUUUGUCACCAGCACAAAAGGAGGACUAAUGACUCUCUGCCUUCGAUUUCUUUAUUAAUAACUACCCAUUCACCAAGAAUACGGUGUUCAUUCGCAAUCAAGCAUGGAUAUCAGUUCAAGGAAAGAGGAAUUUCAGCUUGAUAUUGCAGAUGCAUUUAGUGAGCUGAAUUCAUGUUUGCUUUUCUUCCCUGCCCCUUCUCAAACCAGGAAGGCUGUCUACAGAUUAUAAUGUUUCAAAAUCGUCUGAUGAUGAGCUAAUGAUAAAUAAGUACAAACUCAAAUUCCAGUUGAGUAUGUUUUUCUAAGGGACUGGCUGCCACCAAAACUUGUCUGGUAGGUGGGAACCAGUGCAGGAGUCUCUCACUUUUGUUGGAUUCUGUUUUGAAUAGACUUUGAACUUUUGGUAGUCUAAAAUCUAAUUUACUGAAUAGACAAACACCUUUGUUCAGUCUUUCUAAUUCAGCGAAGAGCAGUUGGGCCUUUCAUAUGUUCCCAGAGACUUAAAAGUGAAACUGUUUUUGAUUUUUUUGAGUUGUUUUGGGAAAUUUUACUAAAAAACUAGGAAUUCCAGAAGCUGCACGCAAUCAGAAAGGGUGAGUGGAGGGAGCAGAGGACUGGGAGGCUGCAGUCAGGUAACAGGUUCUUUCCUCUGCUGUUACCCACCGAGAAGCAGUCUUUCACGAUCCGUGCUUUGGUGGUGUGAUGGCUGUACCAGCACGUGCUGGGCAUGUUUUGGGCAGGACUGCCUACCUUGAUCCCUCUAAAAUUCCGUUCUUCCAAGAGUACCAAGCAUGCUCCUCUGUCCCAUCACUUCAGUAUUUCAUUUUUGAUAGAGCUUUAGGUAACCCUGCUUUAAGGACACGUUUCUAUGUGGUUUUAAUAUAUUUUGGGGAUUCCACAGAUUAAAUCCAAAUUCAUCAGGUCCAGUUUUUGUUCUCAUCAUCUUCUCUCCUUCUUCCCUGUGCUUCUCCCAAAUUAAAAUUGAAUUCAAGUGGCAGAAAUACAUGCCUUACUACUUAGGUUGCAUAUCAGCACUAGAAGUAGUGCUGAUAAGAAUUAUUUGCAAAAAAAUAUAUAUAUAUAUAUCUAUAUAUCUAUAUAUAAAAGAAAAGGGGGGGAGGGGUUACUAUUCAGUCUAUGCUGAAUCUAUUUUCUUAGCAGUUGCGGUUAGAUCUCACUUUAAACCAAUUACUGUAUAGGGUCGUCCCUCUUAAGAUCUAACUAUUGCAUAGUGAAAAAGAAAACUCACAUUUGUUUUAGCCCCUAUUCUGUUGUGUGAACUUCAGUAUUUAGAUACUCUUGAAAACUGUUGAGUAGUAUAGAAAACCUAGUUUUGCAAAAUGGUAUUUGUUGCUGUAUAAAGCCCUAGAAUUUCAAUUUGACUGUUUUUGUUUGUUUUACAAAUGUAUAUUAAGAGCUAAAUGGGGAUGAGAGGAAUUAGUUUGAGUUUUUAAUUUUUCUUUUCAUUCCAAGAUAUUUUUGAAUGGGAGAUGUGGAGAGAGAAAUUGAGUGCAUUUUAUUUUUGCACUUUGAAAUAGUAUGAGAAUGUUUCAGUUCCUUAAAUGUGCGGAGUUUUUUUUUAAUUUUUCUCUCUCUUCUGACAAAUGCCUGCAUUAUCGCAUCAUUGAUAAAAAUGUCUAGUACUAUUGAAUGACCUGGGAAAAGUGCAUUUGUUUAAAAAAGAAAAUCUAACUUCUCAAUUAAAAUUCAAACUCCUUUUUGGGAAACCUGGACAAUUUAACAAUUUUCUUCCAGUAUCGGAGUAGUUUUGGCUUCAGCUGAUGCUGGAAAGAGGGGACUGGAAGGAGGGGCAGAAGUAUUAAAAUCACCUGUUUUAAAAGCUGUGUCAAAACCUUUUUGGAAAAUUCCAGUUCAGUACAGCAGCAUGUAAAUUUGAAUUUCAGCACAGUGGAUAGGGCAGACUUAAGAUCCAGAAGUGUAAAUAAAAAUGAGUCUGCACCUACUCUCUUAAAAAAGUUUGCUCCCUUAGCCACAGUAGACUGGAAUGUUUUCAUUCAAUAUAUAAUAAAACUCUACAAAUAUAAUCCAAAUGUUUUGGGGCAGGAUUGUUUCGGAGGCUUUGUAAAUGAACAGAAAAUACUAUGUGGCUAUUGCGCUGUUGGGGUCCAAAACAGUUUUGACAUUGUUUUUAAUCUAUGGUUCUUGGAGUGUUGCAGGUAACUUAGAAUAUAUAUUUAUUGCAUAUGUGUUUCUGCAAAGUUUUAGAUAAAUGCACCAGGAAAAAAGACUUAAGUGGUAUACAUGUGUUAAAUGCCAGAAGAAUUGCUUCUUCCUUUAUAGUCAAAACUGCGUAUUCCGUUGAGUAGUGUUUUACUGGGCUAGUUAAAGUAUCAUAUGUUAGGUUUAGAAUAGUUGUUAAAACACUUGCUACAGUCUUUCCAAAUCUUCUCUUCCCCAUUCCUAUCUUCCCCUUCAUGGAAAAAAAAAUCAACAAUGAACAACAGACGGAGAAGCUCAAUUAGAUUGAGUACUCAAAUAGUGAUAUUACGGCCUAAAGGUUAAGUUGUUUGGGAAUUGUGGAGGAGGGGAGUUCUAGACACACUUUCAAGAACAAAUCUUUGGUUUAUUUGUACUACUGUCAUGUUUGGGAUUCCUGCCGCCCUGAGGGCUAUUAGUUCCUGCUGCAGAGCUGUCCAGUACAGUGUAGAUUGCGGACGCACUCGCUUGGGCCUUGAAGGAGGUAACAUCAUCAGCCCUCUCCUGGAAAAGACCGUUUUACUUAAAGCUCCCUCAGCAAGAGACUGAACGUGCUGCUUGACAGUGUAACGUGUAAACUGGUAUCAUUCAGGUGGAAUAUACUGCAACACGCCCCAUGUCCUGUUCCCCCAAGCCUCCACUGCUUUGCUGCAAACUGCUGCAUGAGCUGGUUUGACGUUGCUCAGAGGCUGCUUGCUUCCCCCCUCUCCUGGGGAGAGGGUUAGAGCAGCGUUGGUUCUUGCAAGCCAUAUAACCUUUCUUUGAGACGUUGCAACUACAAGAUUUUAUAAUACAGUAAUAAUGAAAAUGACUAUUGUACUUAGAUUUUAGCAACUUGUGAAAUAAACCCCUGAUUUUCAUUUGAACCAGUGUUGCAAUUUGGGAGCUGUGUGGUUUUUUAAUUUUAUUUUUUUAUAACCUAAUUUAUUAUCUGUUUGAUUUUUGAGCGUGGACUGGAUUACAGUUCUUUGCUCAGAAACAUGAAAAGUGGCCUGGUUGAACCUUUUAUUUUUAUAGUGCAGUCAACUUUGACAGCUUUUCCAGUUCAUGUAAAGCGUGACUUUGCUAAUUUUUGUAUUCUAGGGAUUCCUGUAAAUGGCAUUCCAGCUGUAAUAUUGAGGAAGACUUUUGGUUAAUCUUAAAUUCAAGAUAGUUUGGGAUUUUUUUUCUAUAGAUAUUUUUAUUGUUGUUUUAGGAACCAUUCAUUUACCUCUGACUUAUCAGACCUAGUUAUCACGUUUUGCUUACUAAAAAAAAAAAAUUUUACCAAAGUACAGUUAAGAAUUGAAACUGAGGGACUUAGGUUGUAGAACUCAGUAGACCAGAGAAGGCUUAGACAGGUCUCAUCAGAAACCCUAUUCGGCUCAUUUGUCACUUUCUCCUUUUGGAAGGAGGGGGCACAGAAGGCAUUUUUUUAAUAAUAUAUAAAUAUAUAUAUAGAUAUAUAUAUAUAGAAAAAAUAUAUAUAUAAAUAUAUAUAUAUCUAUAAUGCAAAAAGACCUCAAGGAACCGCAGUAGUGUUUGUCUGCUUAAGGCAGAGUUACGCUGUAUAUUGCAUUUAGCAAAAUAACUUGCAUUGUGCUUUUUUUAAAAAAAGAAAAAGAUUUAUAAUCACCUAACAGAAGUGUAACAGAGUAACGUUACGCCAGCGCAGGGUAUGUUUUUGUCACUCGUAUUUAUUGUGACUCUAAAUCUUUGAUAAUAAAACAAAAAUUAAAAAAAAAAUUCCCACUAAAACCUGAUAGUCAGUUUCAAUGGAGGAAGAAUCUGAAAUCAGUAACUGUAUAUUGUAUUGUGAGGGAUUUUUAGUAUUUGGAUGACAAUAAACAAAUGGACAAAC